AUGGCGGUGCUGGGGGAGCGCGCGUGUUGGGCCACGCGACCGUUGCUGCCGGUGGUGCGGACUUGGGAACUCGACGCGCGGCGUUGGGUCCGGGCGCUGCGGCGCAGCCCCGUGAAAGUGGUGUUUCCAUCAGGUCAGGUCGUGGAACGGAAGCCCGGUCCCGGGAAGCAGCCUCGGAAGGCGGCGGCAGAGGCCAGUCCCCGCGAGCAGCGACUGAAGCUGUCGCGUCAGGUGCCCCCAUCCCAGACCCCCAGCACCUGGGAAGAGUCGGGGCUUCGCUAUGAUAAGGCUUUCCCUGGAGACAAAAGGCUGAGCAGUGUGAUGACAGUAGUUAAGUCCAGGCCAUUUCGGGAAAAGCAAGGGAAGAUCCUGUUGGAAGGUCGUAGGCUGAUUGCAGAUGCGCUCAAGGCUGGUGCUGUGCCCAAAGUUUUCUUCUUUAGCCGUCUGGAAUACAUAAAGGAGCUGCCCGUUGAGAAGCUGAAAGGUGUUAGCCUCAUUAAGGUGAAAUUUGAGGAUAUCAAGGAUUGGUCCGACCUAGUAACACCACAAGGAAUAAUGGGGAUUUUUGCCAAACCUGACCACGUUAAGAUGACAUACCCAGAGACUCAGCUGCGCCACACACUGCCCGUAUUGUUGAUUUGUGACAAUCUCCGUGACCCUGGGAACCUGGGGACAGUUCUGCGAUCUGCUGCUGCCGUAGGCUGCAGCAAAGUGUUACUCACCAAAGGCUGUGUGGAUGCCUGGGAACCCAAAGUGCUGCGGGCAGGUAUGGGCGCACAUUUCCAAGUGCCCAUCGUCAGCAACCUGGCCUGGGAAGCAGUGCCCAACUACCUGCCCACCGACACCCGCGUCUACGUGGCUGACAACUGUGGCCUUUACACACAGGCCCAGGCCCAGGCCCAGAUGUCUAAUAAGGCCAGUGACUACGGCUGGGUAUGUGACCGACGACCCCUAAAGUUUCACAAGUAUGAGGAGGAGGAAGAGAAUCUAGAAAGUGCAGCCAGUAAAGGCUGGCUCCCUGAACUUGAGGUCCAGAGUUACGACUCAGACUGGACAGAGGCACCUGCAGCUGUGGUGAUAGGUGGGGAGACGAGCGGCGUGAGCCUGGAGUCCCUGCAGUUGGCUGAGAGCACGGGGGGCGGGAGGCUGCUGAUCCCCAUCGUGCCUGGCGUGGACAGCCUGAACUCGGCCAUGGCCGCGAGCAUCCUGCUCUUUGAAGGGAAAAGACAACUGCGGGUGAGGGUGCAACACUCGAGCAGGGACGGGAGUUACCACUGAGAGGGGACGUGGAAGCCAGUCCUCAGUUGUAGGUUGUCUCUGUGGUUAUUGGAAAAAUGAGAACUUCCCUGACUUUCUGCUUAGCCUCAGAAAUAACGAAGGUCAAAAUUCCUCCUGAGAUCUCCAUCUUCCCGCCGACUUUUAUAUAUGUGUGUAUGUGUACGUGUGUGUGUGGGUAAGAGAGAGACAACAUAAGUAAAGGCUCCUCAUGGCUGUAUGUUUUUAAAAAAUUGUCCACCACGGAGCAUCUUUGUGCCCAGAAAGUUGCUGAGGGCAUCACCUUGGGUAGGGAGGACCCCUCCCUCCACAGCUGGGGGUGCCCUGCAGUCAUGGAGUGCAGGUUAGAGGCCGGCCUUGGUCACUCACUCCUGUGAUCAUUGGUCAAUGGAAAUUAAACCCCUGUGAAGUGUAGACCAGCAGGUUACAUUAAAAAGUUUUAUUUCAGUGUGGUCAGUGGGUCUCAAUGCCUGUCUUUUCAUCUUUGGCCUAGUGAUGAGGACAUUGCUAAGAGAUUAAUGACCCGGGAAGCUGAGGGCUACAGGUGAUGGUGUUCAGUAGCUGGCUCUUCUUUGGGCUUGGCUGUGUUAAUCUCUGUGAUUGUUAAUUCAGGCCAUGACUUAAACACUGUUUAUGUAUGACACAAUUUUUUUCCCCCAUUUCUGGUGAAAGCUGAAUUCAUCAGGUGGUAUUCACACCUUCUUAGCACCUCUGCAGAUAUCUUUUUGAGAACUUGGUUCAGAAAAGGAGGAAACAGUUCUUAAAUCUUCAGCUUAAUCCUGCAUCUGUCAGCAAAGCUGUACCCUUUUUACUAGCUUCCUGCUGUUAGUCCUACUUUGUAUAACACUUUUGGUUAAAUGUAAUGACUUACUUGUUUACAUUAAUCCCCCAUCCUGCAUAAACAGAACUGUUAGGAAAAUGCCACUGUUUCUGGAGGCUGUGUGAACAGAGGCUCCUGUGAGGGGAGAGGCUGAGGCUCUGAGGAUGAGAGCUUGGGGCCCUUGAGCCCACAACUCUGCAGCUAGACCCUGCUGUUCUUCUCUCUCUCAAACCCCCAGGGGACCAGGGCAAGCUGGAUUCUUACUUACCAAGUGCCAGCGGGAUGUAGCCAGGGACACUAGGGCAAAGGCAGAUGGUGAUCGCUGUGUGUGCAAGUCACUGUGCGUGUGUGAGGUGGGAUGGCGGGAACUAGAGGAUGGGACCUAGUUCAAGCAGUGCUUUUACCACCACAGCCAAUAUGGUUGGAGUUGAGGACAAAGACACUAGCAGUGUAGUGUCACCACGUCCCUUCUAUACAGUGGCCCCUGUCAUGGUUGGGGUUCCUUGGGAGCCCUUCAGCUGCUCAUCACAGGGAGUCCAGUGAGCUGCAGCAUGCCCAAGACGAACCGUGGACCCCUCCCUCCCACCUUGGCUCGCCCAGCUCCCUGGUAAGACCAGAAGGUCACGCAUGACCAUGCCCCAAGCGGUGCCCCAGAGGGAUUGCUUUGUUAUGUUUGAGGGGAGGGGUUUUUAAAGGAACAAUCUCGUUGGUUGGCUGUGCUCUCUCAGGCUGACUGGCCAGAAGCUGCUCUGGUGUCCCACUCUGGUCUGGGGCUGCCCAGGGCCCCGCACAGAUGUUGGGUGACAGUGGCCCCCAGAAUGUUCUUGAGACUCUCCAUCCCCCAUCAGUUUUUAAAAAGUAGAAAAGCCCACAGCCUUUAUGCUGUGUUGAGCCCACAAAGGCUGGGGCCCUCUGCCAGCUUCACAGCUAUAAUGCCCAUCACACCAGCAGGCGAAAUUGGGGGCGGUGGACACCGGAGAACGAUACCACUCUAUUGACAGUCUCCCAACGCCUUGGAAAAGUGCUAAAGAAACACGUCACUAAAAAGAGGCUCGCAGAAACUAACAAACACACCACUGUAAAGCAAUUAUUCUCCAAUAAAGAUUAAAAAAAAAUAAAAAGAGGCUCAUGCCUUUUCAGCAUGAAACCAGUCUCCUGCAAUUUUUGUCCCUGGGUUAUUGUUCCUGCUGACUUUUUUUGCAAAAUAAAAACCAGUGAAAGCACAACAAACCCUAUACCUUGUGUUUGUUCAGAAAAACAGAGCACCGCAGAAGAGCUCACCUAGCAAGUCAUUCUAUCAUCCUGGGUGUAAGAAGAAAAAGACAUUUACAUCCCAUUCACUUUAUAGUCAAUGACUUGUAUACCAUGCCUUGUGAGUUCUUUUUGUAUAUUUGUGGGUAUAACUUAGCAGAGGGGAGGGCAAAUUUUCUUUUCUUUAAAAUGAUUACAGGGGAAGCAAAUGGGGUGAAGUUGUUUGCCUAGUGAUGAAAAUUAGCCAUCUGGAAUUCUUCUCAGUUUUGAGGCCAAUAUUUAUGUCACCAUUUCCCCAGGAGACAGGAAUGAAAACUGAGCAGUAUAUGACAAGUAAAACACAUUGCUUGGCUGAAAGAGAAGUCUUCAGAAGGUUGGCCAAGCUGCCCCUUGCUUUUGUGUUGCAUGUGGCUGUAAUGGUGAUUUCUGCCACAAGGGGGCAGUCACGCCUCAACCACUCCCAACCCUGAAGGGAAGGGUGGGGAUUUUUCCUGGAUAUAACUUGUGAAAGAGGAUGGAGUCAAAGUCUCCCUCCACCACAGUGGGCCUUUUGCAAGCUGUUUGUGCUCAGAGGUGCUAAAGUUGAAGACCCACCCACGUUGUCAUUCAUUCUCGGCAGAAUCUGAAGUAUAGAACAUUGGACCAAAAACUAGGGAGGAGAUGGACAGAAAUGGGAAAUAGCUGCCUCAGAAAAAACUAGCACAUCUUUUCCCCUUGAAUGGAGCCUCUGGGAAAGCAGCUCUGGACUAAUGCCGAUGUCCCCAGGUGCCUGGAACUCACACUGAGAACCCACUGCCUCGCCCCGCUUAGAGUUUCAGGGCAGGGGAGGCAGAAAGAUACUCUUCCCUCCCCCAGCCGUGGCUACUAGCUCAUGUUAGAAUCUCAGUCAUUAAGGCCCAGAGGAUAAGCAGACCGUGGGGGACUGGUUUCCAGUGGGGCCUUCUACCACCUGCCCAGGGUUAUUAGCAACACCCGAUGUCACCAAAAGCUGAACUGCUCCACUUCUCUUGUUCCACCACACGAAGACUCCAGGAUCAGCACCUAGCCCGGGGUUCCCCGACUGGUGCCGAAAACCACGGCUGUGCUGUGGGCCCCUCUUGGCCAAGCCGCCUCCACCCGCUGUGGGAGCAGAACUGACUGGCCCACCUGAAAAACGUGUUUUAAAAGACACACUCACGUAGACACCUUUAAACUCCAAGAUCUCACGUCCUCUGCAUCAGUGAACACGCAAAAGAAAGAAGCUAGAAGCCAGAUGUGCUGCUGUGGGUGAC